AUUUAGUUUCACUUAUAGACAAUUAAUCGUCCUUGUUGCACGAAGAAAGCUACAGGUUUGAUUUUAUUUUACUUUUGCUUCUAAAUUAAAGUAAUUUGCAAAGAUGGGAAAGCGCUGCUGUCUUGGACUUUGUAUGGUUGGAACAGGAACAGAAAUCAUUGCGGUGUCAAAUACAAUACUCUAUUUGUUCACAUACCCGGUAUGUUUAUAUUUGCUUGAGUUAAGAUACAAGUCUACCCACCGGAAAGAAGACGAAAACAAUGAAAUUAUAUCUCCACUCGGAACAGUUUUAAUAAUUUUGGGAGAAUUAUUGAUGCUGGGGGUCUCUGGAAUGUUGUUAUACGGAAAAAUUAAGAGAGAUCCCGACUUUUGCAAACCUUGGUUAUACGUCAAUUAUUUUAUUUUACUGAGUUAUUAUGUCGUUUUAUGCAUUGCAUUUUACUUUUUCUCUAUCCAUCUGGAUCGUAAUUUUUACUUUUUUGUUCUUGCUUUUGUCUUUGCAUUCUUUAUUAUAGCAUUUAAGUUUAAUAUUGUUCGAAAAUUUAUAAUUGAGCUGGAAAAUGAAACCGAAGGCAAGGAUCAAAAUAUCGCAAAAAAUGGUACAAGUCUAACUCAAAAAUCCGUUGGGCAUUACCUCCCCCAACAAAUUUUUUAUAAGGAAGCAACCAAUCCUUGAAGGACAAUAAGGAGAUGUGUCUUCUUUAGUGAUCAAGAGCGAGAUUAAUUUUUAAAUUAAUUAAACCCUGAAAACCCCAAGUUUCUGGAUUCGUUGUUUUUGUGUAUAUUUAUUGAAUUAGUUUGUAUGUAAUUUGUAUAUGCAUGUUAUAAAUAUAUGUAUGUGCAUUUAAAAUUUGAAUUAGUAGAAAAAAUAAAUUAUCUGAAUAGCUGAUCCAUCCCA